AUGUUUGCCAUGCUUCCUUCAUAUGGUAGGAGAAAUUUCCUGACAGGGAAGCAGGGUGGCCGAACUUUGCCUGGCAAAGAGGACCUCAUCGGAAUGAGGUGGGAGGAGGACGGCCCUCUCGAUGAGAUGUUCGGGUUGGAGGACUACUGUCCUUCCUAUCCUGAGGGCGAAGACAUGGUCUUGAUCCAGCGGGACGAGAUCCCUAAGGAUGGCAACGUGGCAGGGCAAAUGGGUGGCAGUGUGCUACCUG